AAUGGGGUGACACGAUGUCAGGUAAUGAUCGAUGUAUCCACUAAUGCUUUCAUCGGUUGUGGAAUUUGAAGUUGUGGAUUGGACUGCCACUGUGCGUCCACAGUAGCCCAUCCUUUAUACUUCUCAAUCGGGAUUCCCCACAUUUACAUACAGUCGACCUCUUAACAUCUUCUGCGACUCUUCACCCGUUCUUCAUCAUAUCAUGAAUCCCUUCAAAAAAUGGUUCCAAAAGUGCCAGGGCGAAAAAAAGCCAUCGCUUAAGCACUCCAAAUCAAUGCCAUUCAGACAAUCACAAGCGAGCAUGUUCGAGCCUUAUGACGAUCCUUUCAAAGCUGUGUACUAUGGCAAGGCCACCCCUAGUAAACCUUCCGACAUCGUGUACAUCAAGCAAGCUCCAGGGAUGCCAGACACCCAUCCUGUGCAGCGGUACCCAGAUGUUCACGAUCAUGCGCCAAGUCGUGCCCACUUCGACACGCGCGCCCACUUGCCGGACAGUCCCCCGCCACUUCCUCCGAAGGACGCUCGCUAUGCUAUUCGCAAUAUAAGCGAUCAACAAGUCGCAAGGAGACACAGAACUAUUCAACAUUCCUCUUCAAUCGCCUCCUUUUCGCAGCUCGCGGUCACAGCAGACCCCUUCCUUAUCCGCAAAAAGCGGCGUGAGGUUACUGCUGAUCAAGCUGUGGCGAAUCUGCUGCGAACGCCUGAUGGCCGGCCUCCUGUAUUUGGGAGCAGUAGACAGGCAGAACGUGUGCGCGCCAAGUCGAGCGCUGGUCGCUCAUACACCCCCGUCCCUUACGAUCUGCUGCCAACAGCUGAUGGCGGGCCUCCCGUAUUUGGGAGCAGCAGACAGGCAGAACGUAUGCGAACCAAGUCAAACACUGGUCGCUCAUACACCCCUGUCCCUUACGAUCUGCUGCCAACAGCUGAUGGCGGGCCUCCCGUAUUUGGGAGCAUUAUGCGAGCCAAGUCAAACACCGGUCGCUCAUACACCCCUGUCCCUUACGAUCCGCUGCAAACAGCUGACGGCAGGCCUCCCGUGUUUGGACGUAGUAGACAGGCAGAGCGUAUGCGAGCCAAGUCGAACGCUGGUCGCUCAUACACCCCCGUCCCUCCAGCUCCCCCAGUCCCCCUCAUCCCUACCACCCACUACUUACCUCCGAUGAUCUCGUACUCCGUGCAGAGCUCACGCACAAACCUGAAUCGAUCCAGAAAUCGGCGCUGAUUUGUCUUGUCAGAUGAUAUAUCAAUGAAUAUGUACAUAUCUAACUUAGUUUUUGGAGAUAGAGUCUUGGAGCUGUUCUACCUACUCAUGCACGUUGGAUAUAUCAUUAUGGAUAUGGAUAUGAUUAUGACAAGAAAAGUAUUUCCCGUUUGAAGUCAUGAUCAGCUUUACGCCAUCUCAAAGUUUAACUGCUACGAUUUAUUUGGUGUAGUCAAUUAUAUUACCGUCAGAUAUCAUUCGCCAUUGCAAGCUAGUGCAAUUAACAAUUUUUUAUUUCCGUGAUCACGAUACAAGUGAC